GGCAAAAUGUGCAGAAAUUAGCCCGCCGCUCUCGGUUUUCGUGUGAGGUUUUGCCACGGCGAUGCAGCACCUGGAUGUGUGAGGGAGCCUCGCCUGCCAGCCACCUCCGAGGAGACCGGACUUUGUGUCAGUGAGAUAUGUGGAGCGGCUCUGCCCCUCGCCGUUAACGCAGAAAAACACAAGAUGAAGAAACAAUUCAAUCGGAUGAGGCAGCUCGCCAACCAGACCGUGGGCAGGGCUGAAAAAACAGAAGUAUUAAGUGAAGACCUACUACAGGUGGAGAAGCGUCUGGAGCUGGUCAAGCAGGUUUCCCACAGCACGCACAAGAAGUUGGCCGCCUGUCUGCAGGGCCAGCAGGGUGUGGAUGUGGACAAGAAGUCUGUCAGAUCCCCUUCGAAAAAGCUUCCCCUCACAACUCUAGCACAAUGUAUGGUGGAGGGGGCUGCAGUGCUUGGGGACGAAUCUUUACUAGGGAAGAUGCUGAAGCUGUGUGGCGACACGCAGGACAGGCUAGCUCAGGAGCUGAUUGUGUUCGAGCUCACCAUCGAGAGAGAUGUGAUCGAGCCCCUUUACGACCUUGCAGAGGUGGAAAUCCCAAAUAUCCAGAAACAAAGGAAACAUUUAGCAAAACUGGUCCUGGACAUGGACUCAGCGCGCACACGGUACUACCAGUCCACCAAGUCCUCAGGACUGUCCAGCAACCUGCAGCCGACUGGAGCCAAGGCCGACCACCUCAGGGAGGAGAUGGAGGAGGCAGCCAACCGCAUGGAGAUCUGUCGAGAUCAGCUAUCAGCAGACAUGUACAGUUUUGUGGCCAAAGAAAUUGACUAUGCAAGCUACUUCCAGACACUGAUCGAAGUCCAGGCUGAGUACCACAGGAAGUCGUUAGAGCUGCUCCAGAGUGUUCUGCCCCAGAUCAAAGCCCACCAAGAGUCCUGGGUGGAGAAGCCGUGCUAUGGGAAACCACUGGAAGAGCACUUAGCCCUCAGCGGGAGAGAUAUUGCCUUUCCCAUAGAGGCUUGUGUCACCAUGCUGCUGGAGUGUGGCAUGCAGGAGGAGGGUCUGUUCAGAGUCGCCCCGUCAGCCUCCAAACUAAAGAAGCUGAAGGCGUCUUUGGACUGCGGGGUGUUGGAUGUUCAGGAAUACUCCGCAGACCCACACGCCAUUGCAGGCGCUUUGAAGUCCUAUCUUCGGGAGCUGCCAGAGCCGUUGAUGACCUUUGAACUGUACAAUGAAUGGAUCCAGGCUUCCAACAUUCAAGACCAGGACAAGAGACUGCAGGCUCUGCUGUCUGCCUGCGAGAAGCUACCCCCAGCCAACAGCAACAACUUCAAGUACUUGAUCAAAUUCCUUGCCAAACUGACUGAGUACCAGGAUGCAAAUAAAAUGACCCCUGGAAACAUUGCUAUUGUCCUGGGCCCCAACCUGCUGUGGACACACAACGAUGGCAACAUCACAGAGAUGAUGACGACGGUUUCCCUGCAGAUCGUUGGCAUCAUUGAGCCCAUCAUCCAGCACGCCGACUGGUUCUUCCCUGGAGAGAUCGAGUUUAACGUCACAGGGAACUACGGAAGUCCCGUCCACACCAACCACAACGCCAACUACAGCUCGAUGCCGUCUCCAGACAUGGAUCAGUCGGACCGCAAGCAGAGCGACCAGAGCCGACGUCCGCUCAGCGUCGCCACAGACAACAUGAUGCUGGAGUUUUAUAAGAAAGACGGCAUUAGGAAGAUACAAAGCAUGGGUGUCAGGGUGAUGGACACUUCUUGGGUGUCACGCAGGGGCUCGUCUUCUUCGCGUAAAACCUCCUCCACGCCACCGAGCGUGCAACCCCCCGCCCCGCCCUCUGACGCGCUCAUCCCUGAGCAGCCUGGGGAUUUCUCCACAUCCCCCUCCCCCACCCCUCCUCCCACUAGCAGCGACCGAGCAAGCUCGGAUGAUACGUCCUCCAAUUGGUCGGACUCCUGUUAUGCCUACCCCUCCCCUGAGGAGGAGAGGCCCCCUCCCCCUUACCCAUCUUCCUCAUCUUUCUCCUCCUCCUUUUCCUACCCGCUCCCUCACCACCACUUCUUUACCCGAGCACCUCCGGGUACGCGACCUGUCGCUCCUGGUCCCGAGUCCGUGCCUCCUGGUCCGUCCCCUCCCCCCCGCUGGUCUGGCUACAGCCCUCCCCCUCUCCCUCCCCUGUGCCCCUCCCCUCAGCAGCUCGACAUCAACUCAAACCCCAAGCCCAACUCCUUGCACUUGCCCAAACAGGCCUCCUUGUCCGACGCUCCGCAUGCGCCCCCGUCCGAAACGAAUGCCUCCACCAUUUAUAUCAAGCCCCCCCUCGUUCUUACUCGCCAUGAACCGUUCCUGGGCUCCCCCCACCCCCCCAACACCCCCCUCUCUGCUCCCCCUCCAUGGGCAGCCUGUGCCUGUAACCGAGAGAGAGGAGCCAAGCUGACUAGUACGCUAAAGAACAAGGAGCUGUCUCCAGUGAUUGGACAGAAAGGAAUCCAGGGAACAGCAGCCUCUAGUGGACAGUCACAGCACUCAGAGCACAGCCCACACACCCUGAGAAGAGCAAAGAAGCUGGCCCCCAUCCCACCUAAAGGGCCUUACUGUCAGACAGGGGCCAUGUCCGACCAGUCGACAGGUCAGCCGUCUCCCGUCAGCCUUUCGCCCACUCCUCCCAGCACGCCCUCCCCAUACGGCUUCAGCUACCCCCAGGGAUACGCCACAAUCGGCUCCCCGGGACAGGCUCAGAUGGCUACCACCCCGUCCCUCUCCUCCCCACCCUCGCUGGCCGGGACUCUCACCAAGGCCAGGCCAACGCCCAAGCCGCCCCGGCAGAGGCCCAGCUUGCCUCCUCCCCAGCCCCCCACCACACCGGGCACCAGUCCCCAGGCUCUGGAGCAUUCCUCUGGUCUGCUGGAUGGACUCUCUCCUGGGGAGAGCAUGUCCACAGACUCUCUCUGCAACUUGGACAUCCCCAUCAUUAACGUGGAACUGGACGGUAUUUUUGAUGUGCCCUACAUCGCCCCCUUCAGGAACUCAGUGGCGGUGCUUGAGUCGACCAACAACAAGGCCGAGUCGGAGGACGAGUCUGAGAGCACAGUGCUAUGACGCCACCGAGUUCCCGACCCCUCUGACACAGCACAACGCUCCUGCUGCACCGUCCCACUCAAACCCCAGACUCACUUACUCACCCCUCACCUCUCAGCUUCUUUUACCGUCACUCCGGAUCUCAUUUUUACCCCUAAAGUAUAUACUUCAUUUCUUAGGGGCUGACUCACCCUUCUAGAAAAGGGAAAAAAAAAAAGUUGAAUUCAGAAAUAAUUAGAAACAUCCAUAUUCAUGGUCACGUCCAGGAUUCUGUUAGAUGUUUUGAGACAAUGUCACGAGGGGGCUUUUGAUUAGACAUAAUUUGAUAUUUUAUGUUGACUGGAUCAUUUGAUUUGAUCUGUGGUGCAUUGAUUUUUAGGAUUUUUUUUUUUAUUAUUAUUUUGUAUGUGUUAUGUUUGCCUUAUUUGAUUCACUUGCAAUAUUGCCUUUAACUUCUCAUACAAGACUGGAAACAGGCUGCUGGGAGGAACGAGUGCUCUUUGCUGCUUCUUGUGAGUGAAUUAUGGAAUGAAGUACAAAAUGUACUGUACGUCUGUCUGGCCAAUACGUACGCUUUCUUCUUUCUCUCACUGUCUCUCUCCCUGUGAUGCCAUCUCGAGUUCCUGCUUCAUUCCUCAGGGGUGCCAGUUCGGAUGCCUCUCUGUGGCACGUGGUGGCAACAACCCCCGAAUUCCUGUCCCAACUGAGCGUUCACUGUGAGUGUGCCAGUAUGCAAUGUGUUUUGGAACGUGUGUGUUGUAUUUGGUCAGUGUGUGAUGUGUUUGGUAAUUGUACUGUAUGAUGUUGCACUCUAGGUGUUGAGCAUAAAUGAGAAUGCAUGUUUUAGAGAUUCUUUAAGAAAUACUACCAGGUUGCAAAGAAGUUAAACGCCCAAUCACAGUUUUCACUAGUAUAUUUACAUGGUAUUCAAUCAGGAUAUCAAUCACUGAAUAUUUAUUGUUUAUACUGUACAUUUUCAGAGUAUAUGAAAUGAAUAACAUAAAUCAUAUUUUGUAACUACAGUAGAGCUAUAAACAUACCAGUUCCUCCAUAUAGAAUGUACUUAUUCUUAUCUGGGAGCUAUAAAAUAUAUGGAAUAGCAUUAAAAACUGGAAAGGCACCUGCACAUCAGGCAAUGGCUUUUGCAAAUGCAAAAGGGCUAGCAGGCCGAUUUGUACAAAAAUGAAAAUAUUCUUACAUAUACUUAUUUUGGCAGCAAGCAAAGCUGCUUGGGAUUUUUUCAGUGGAAUAGAACCAGAAUAAUUCAGAUGUUAUACGCUGGGGAGCUGACUGGAAUGUGCAGGGGCGAGCCAGACCUGCCCCUCUCAGUGGUUUCAGCUUUAAAAAAGCAUCUUGAGACUUAUCUUUAGCGGGGCCAGGAGAUUGGGUGAUACGUUGGAAAUGUUUUGUGUGAGAGAGCGUGUACACACAAGUCUUUUUGUGCUUUUGUGCUCACGUGUUAUUACAUCCUGUCACAUCGUAACUGAGAACCAGAACUCUGUUGACACACUCCCAGAAGAAAAAGGUGCUUUCUUGUUGUCAGAAAAGCUGCAGCUGCAGUGAUAAAAGGCUCCAUAGUGCACCUUUUUUUUCUGACAGUGUGCAAUACAGUUUCAAUCACCUUCCCAGUCAACAGAGAGACUGUAUGAUGAUGCAGAUAUUUUGGUCUAUAUUAGUGAACCGGAAGCGAGUGAGAGAAAAUUUGCCUAUGUGUAUAUGUGUUUAUUUUGAUCAGAGUAUUUAUACAGAUAUAUUUCCGAAUAGUUUUUACUAGGUCUGAAGAGUUGUGAUUGAUUCCACUACACAUAAAAGUCGUAUUAUCUGCCAAUGCCUAAAAAGCAUUCAAACAUGAGGGACCAGAAUUUCACUGCUGUCGCAUCAAAACCUAAUUUCUCCAGAAACUUUUCAGGAAUUGAAUAAAACAGACUUAUUUUGAGAGUGACUUUUUUUUUCCUUUCAGACUUAAGUUUUGCAUGGGCCCCCUAAACAUCCAGCUCAAGUGAAAUCUUGAAAGUCACCCUAAAAGGUUUUUCUACGACAGCAGCAGUUUGUAAUUUGCCUUGUGGUGGGCUUGUCGUGCCCUGUCUCGAUUUGUAAGACCUUCCUUUUGGUUUGUGUCCUGACAACAUCUGUGCAUCACUACAUAAGGCCUGAAAGUCGCUACGCUGCUCUACCAUUUGUUUCUUUGAAGUGCGAAAUUAUUCACAGGACUAUUGUAAAUAUACGAAAGCCUCUGUACAUACAUGUGCUGUAUAUAACAACAGGGGACAGAUUUAAAUAUAAAUAUAUAUAAUAACAUGAAAAAUAUAAAUAUUGAUGAACAGUCUAACAUUAUCAUAUGCUGGUCCUAGAACAAUAUUGCCAGAUUCACACAAAAACCACAUGAAGUAGACGUCGCACAUUAUCAGCAUCAUGGUAGCUCAAAUGGCACUGACACAGGUUCAGGAUUAGGUUAACUCUACUUUAUAGAUUCCUCUCAAUUAGAAAUGCUGAUAGUGCUUGUGGUGCAGAGUCUCUGACCCCCUGGAGCUUUGAGGGAAACUCUGCCAAGGAAACUUGCUGCAUCACUGUCUCUUGUUUGUUUGACUCUUCAGCAGCAGAUAGAAAGUCUCCUCAGUUCCCCAACCCGACUGAGCACAGAGAUCUAUGACAUCCGAAUGUCACGGUCUGUUGAGUUAAAAACAAGACUGCCAUUUUGUUACAAGCAGCCACACAGUAAUGCUCAUUUUAAAUGGAGGUCAUUAUGUCCUCUUUUCCAAAGCAAUAACCCAAAUCUGAAAAAAAAAAAAAAAAAAAAAAAAAAAAAAA